GCCACGCGAUCUAUUCCCAGUCCUUGGAUGUUCUCCGGCGCUUAAAUUCCUCGACUACUUCUUCUUCAAUCUACCACCGGUAGUCGUCUACCAGGGGAGAAGCGUUUCCACUGGCCUUCUUUACAAGUCGGGAUUCUAUGUUUAGAGUUUUGAUAUCGGGCUGGCUUCCCUGUUUUGGGAAGAGGGGAGGUGAGCGUUGAACUUCUGAGUCAGAGACGGAAAGGUUUAGGUACGGAGUGAAGGCGGGAAUGGAUGAGGUAGGUCAGCAGGAAGAGAUAGAUAGAUUACUAAGAGAAGACCAGCUUUCCCUCUCCCUCUUGCAAGUCUCCUUAAUCUCCCUCGUUGCACUUGAUUCAUCUCCAAAUCUUCCUACACCUGCACACACACACACAGCAGAGAUUGAUAGCAACAUGACGACAGAAACCACGCACCUCCCCUCCAUCCCUUCCUUCUCUGCAUCUGCACAACACAGUAUGAUGUCAGGAACGCAUCCUUCCGCUGGGGACUUUCGAGCACUGGCGGACUCGGAUUCUCAAAAGCCCAACAUCUCCCCAAACCCAAGCACAUUCUGCAUCCCAUGGCCCUCGCAACUCCUGACUCAAACCCUCCACGCCCCAUCACCACCUCCCUCUCACCAAACCGCCUAUCCAUAUCCCUAUCCCUAUCCCUAUCCCUACCUACCCUCUCCGCCCCUCUCAGCCUCCUCUCAGGGCUCGCGAACACCAGAGGAUCCCCAAGUACUCAGGAACAGGAUCCUCCCUUCCCCCUCCCCCUCAUCUCGAGAUCGGGAUCUCCCUCCUGCACGUCACGAUAGCCGCCAUCCCCUCUCCACCUCCAACGCAGGACCCACAACCCUCCCUCCCCACCCAAGUUCCGCCUCAAAGUGGAGCAAGGAUACCUGCCACUGCUCCCUGCACUUCCAUUUCGCACCAACCACAGCCACAAACACAACCACAGCCACAACCACAGCCGCAAGCACAAGCACGGCAAAACCCACACCGACACCUGCUCGUCUUCUGCUUCCUGCGCCCUGCCUGGAACCGGGGAUGUCGAUUUCGGCAGAUACGCAACGAGCACUAGUCUGUACGUAGCCGCGAAUGCGAGGGAUGCUUCAGCCGCCAUCGGCCCCGCUGAAGACAUCGCCAGAGCAGCAAACGCUCUCUGGACCCGUCUUUUGACGCACGUGGAAGGAGCCGUGGCAAUGGCAUUCGCAGUAUCAAUGUACCGCAUCGCCUUCGGUAGGAAGAGCAGAGGAGAGGAGACGGAGGAUAGGAUGGGAGAGGAGAGGAUAGAGGGAUGGAUGAUCGAUGGUCAUACCGGGCGGGCAGGAACGGUGAAGGAUGGGCGUGUA